UUAGCAGGCUCCGGCCGGCUGACCAAGUAGUCCUCCAUUGGACUCCUCGAAAGCUUUAUAACAUUAGCUGAUUUUGUAUCCUUAGCUUCAUUCCAUCUUGCCGAGAGCUAGCUAACAAUGGCCACCACCAGCAUCGCGUCCCCCAUCCUCGUUCUCAUCGCCGUGCUCGCCGUGUUGCUUCCGGCAGCGAAGCCGGUGUCCGCCGCCUUGCCGGACAUCAAGCCUCUGCUCUCCAGCAACCCGUGGUCGGCGUUCAAGAACUUCUCUGACUGCCACCUCGGAGACGAGCGGAAGGGCCUCGCCAAGCUCAAGGACUAUCUCGGCCACUUCGGCUACCUGCCGACGUCGCCUUCAGAGUUCAACGACAUGUUCGACGCCGACAUGGAGCGGGCCGUCCGGACCUACCAGGAGAACUUCGGCCUCGAGGUCACCGGCCAGCUCGACGCCGCCACGCUCGCCAAGAUGAUGGCGCCCCGCUGCGGCGUCGCCGACGUCAUCAACGGCACCUCCACCAUGGUCAAGUCAACCCUGAGAGGAAGGAACCUCUACUCCUACUUCCCGGGCCAGCCGUCGUGGCCGCGGUCCAAGAAGAGCCUCACCUACGCCAUCACGGCCACCUCGGAGACCACCAUCGACCGGGCCACCCUGAGCGCCGUCUUCGCGCGCGCCUUCGCGCGGUGGUCGGAGGCCACCACGCUCAACUUCACGGAGACGGCGCGUGGCUCGGAUGCCGACAUCACCAUCGGGUUCCACGGCGGCGACCACGGCGACGGCGAGGCCUUCGACGGGCCGCUCGGCACGCUCGCGCACGCCUUCUCGCCCACCGACGGGCGGUUCCACCUCGACGCGGCCGAGGCGUGGGUGGCGGGGGGCGAUGUCUCCACCGCGUCGUCCGACGCCGCCGUCGACCUGGAGUCCGUGGCGGUGCACGAGAUCGGGCACCUGCUCGGCCUCGGCCACAGCGCCGUGGAGGGAGCCAUCAUGUACCCGACCAUCACCUCGCGCACGCGCAAGGUGGACCUCGCAUCCGACGACGUCGUCGGCAUCCAGAGCCUCUACGGCAGCAACCCCGACUUCAAGGGCGUCACGCCGACGCCGGCGACCAGCAGCCGGGAGAUGGACAGCUCCGACGUCCCUGGCGCGCUCUCCCGCCUGUCGACCCGCGUCGCUGGCAUUGUUAUCGCCGCUUGGCUCGCCGUAGUGCUGGAGUCGUGGUAGUGUUCUUCGAGUAUUGACCGACCAGCGACCAUUAUUUUUCACUUCUUUUUUACAUUCUGUUGUUGUUAGGUGGGUAUCUUGGAAAGAAAAAAAAUAUAGGGCAGAUCAAUUCUUACUUGUAUAGAAUUUUUUCGUAUGGAUAUGGAUGCGCCCCAUGUGGCCAUGUGAUAUGAAUUUUGCAGAACACGCGUUUUGUUUUUCAUCA